CCUUAAAAACAACUUCGACCAAAAAUUUCGGCGUUUCCGACACAAACACAUGUCAACGACACCAUACGCCGCUUAAGCCUCACCGUUCGAGGACGAAGAGGAUGUUGUGUGCACCGUUGCACCUCACUGUCCUGAAACCCUCGUCACCAUGUCAAGGCUUCUUGCUUGUGGAAACAUUAGAAGGUUUACACGUUCUGUUCACAAGACAGGCUGCUUGGAAGUAUUUUAUCCAAUGGGGUCCCCUUACUCAAGAUACAAUUUUUUCUCGCACUAUAGACAUGUACACAAAGAACAAUUUCUAUUCAUGUUAUUUAAAUCAAAGGUUAACUUUUUAAUGAGUAGCAGGGCUAGGAACUUGUAUACCCUCCCUGCAAAUAAUGUAAAAUACCAUCAUGGUCAAGUUGUUUGGAACAGGAUGUGUUUCCAUAAAGGGCCAGCUCUACCACCAGUAGGUCAAAUUGCCCAUGUGGUAACUUUGGCUUUGGUCAAAUCAAAUUUUGUUGUUCAUGGUGUGAUUGCCUUCAUAAUUGGAGAGUUUGCUUGGACACAAAGGAAAUGGGCAGAAACAGAAUCCUUCCCAACAAGGGAUUCACUUUAUGUGCAUGCACAAGAUGGGCGUGUGUAUUUAACUGCAGCUCUGUUGGCAGUCAUUGAGAUUUUUGUCUUGUUUCUUAGGGCUGUCUAUUUGGUGAUUUUGUUCUCUCCUUGUAUAGCUAUGGCUCCUUUAGUUGAUUUUUUUGGCACUCAAUUUAGAAAAACAUGGAUUCAUGUUGUUCGAGUUACACUUGAAAAAGCUGGUCCAGCAUUCAUUAAGUGGGGUCAAUGGGCUGCAACCAGACCUGAUCUCUUUCCAAGGGAUCUCUGUGAUGAACUUGCAGAAUUUCAAACGAAAGCGCCAUCACAUAAAUUUAGCUAUAGCAGAAAAUGUAUUGAAAAUGCAUUUGGUCAAAAAUUAUCUGAAAUCUUUGAAAAUUUUGAGGAGGAACCCAUAGCUUCAGGUAGCAUUGCUCAAGUUCAUCGAGCUACACUAAAAUACAAAUUCCCUGGUCAGCGAAUCAAGCCUGUUGUUGUAGCAGUGAAGGUCCGACAUCCAGGGGUUUCUGAAGCAAUUAAAAGGGAUUUUAUCCUUAUCAAUCUUGUUGCCAAGAUUUCGUCUUUAUUCCCUAAUUUGAAGUGGCUGAGACUAGAUGAAAGUGUACAACAAUUUGCAGUCUUUAUGAUGUCUCAAGUUGAUCUUUCAAGGGAAGCGGCACAUCUUAGUCGCUUUAUCUACAAUUUCCGUAGAUGGAAAGAUGUUUCAUUCCCGAUGCCCUUGUAUCCCCUCGUGCACCCAUCUGUUUUGGUAGAAACCUUUGAACAAGGCGAAAGUGUUUUGCACUAUGUUGACCAGCCUGAAGGACAUGAGCAUUUCAAAAGUGCCCUUGCUCAUAUUGGAACACAUGCUCUUUUAAAGAUGCUUUUGGUGGAUAAUUUUAUCCAUGCAGACAUGCAUCCUGGAAAUAUUCUUGUCCGAGUAGGAAAAAGAAAAUCAACACCUAUACCACUGUUAAAGUCAAGGCCUCAUGUAAUUUUCCUCGAUGUGGGUAUGACUACUGAACUUUCUAAGAGAGAACGAGGAUAUUUAGUGGAAUUCUUUAAGGCUAUUGCACUUCAAGAUGGCCGCACUGCUGCAGAAUGCACACUUAGAUUAUCAAAACGACAAAAUUGCCCAGAUCCGAAAUUUUUCAUUGAGGAGGUGGAUAAAUCAUUUGAAUUUUGGAGAUCCCCAGAAGGUGAAUCUGUCCACACAGCUGAUCGUAUGCAACAAUUGCUUGAGCAUGUUAGGCGCUGUAAAGUCAAUAUAGAUGGCAAUGUUUGCGCUGUGAUAGUUACCACAUUGGUUCUGGAGAUAACAAAGUCACUUCUCCGACAAGGUUACUCAACAAGUCUUUCCUUCUCUGACCAACCUCUGUAAUGAAGCUCUUUGGUUGUCACUCCUCUGUGAUGACUGGCGACUACUUGUGAUCUGUGAGGUUGCAGUUGCAGCCCAUGUCCCCUGCUAGCUUGAGUGGCUGUUGGCUGCUUUCACCUGCUAUCUGCUCCUGUCUCCAUUUGCUCCCCUGCCCAUCUCGCUUGUUUUACUAGUUAGCUGUGUACUGGACCUAUUGGCUUCUGAAUUGCGUAAACUAAUGAAAAUGUGAUUUAUGAACAAGGUACCUUCUCGCUGAAGUCUGAAACGUGCAUUCCCAUUUAUUCCUUUUGUUUUUUGUUAUUUUUUGGUCUGAAUAUGCUAUAUUAGUUGAAAAUUUGAGAUUCCCAUUUUGUUUGUCCAUAAUUUACAAUUGGUGGGUCAUUGUCCUCAAGCAACAUGGUUGUUUGACCCACUCUAAAACUAGGAAGAAUGCCCCUGAAAAUAGGUUUGAUAGGGAGAAGGGAGGGGGGAGAGGUUGUGGGUUCGAAUACUCCCGUUGACAUUUCUAACAAACUAACAUUUGCCGAUAAAAAAGAAAAACAUGGGACAGAUGCCAAGGGAUAUGCUAGCAAAGUUAAAUGCAACUAUUGCCCAAAAUUAUUACCAGAAGAAAUUUUAGGUUCAAGCGGCAUACUGGAAUUAGAGAAGAUUCAAAACCUUGAGCAAAAGAAAACGAAGCCAAAAAAAACCUUGUAGCAGGAUCGAAUAGUGGUCUUUACAAUAAGCUACCUAAAACUUAUGCAGAAAGCUAGGUAAUGGAGUUUUUUUU